UGUCUCGUCUAAGCUCCACAAAGGAAAGAGUACUUGAUCAUUAGAGGGCGGUGACUGUAACUAUACCAUUAAUACUUUCUAAUAUCCCACCAGAUCAGAUCACUCAGUGCACUUCAUCAGAGAAGAACCUUUGCGAUCAGCGCAGCGUCAAUGGUAAAGCCCAACACCUCGGUGACUACUUAUGGACUCCCGUCCGAGAUCCUGCUAGGAAACGGGCGCACAAUGUCAGACGAGAUGUCCAGAGCGCGGCGCGUACAACAGCAGGUCCAGAUGAGAAUGGCGGAGAAGUCCACACUUCCGCGUCAGAAUGGAUCGGCCUCACAUUACGCCAAGUCAGACUACGGUGGUUCUUCAACAAUGAAAUAUAACACCGUUACCCCAAACUACAGCUCCAAAUCCUCCUACAUGUACACGGGUGCGCAGACAAUGGGUCCUCGCAUAUCCCAGAAACCAGGCUUCAGCAGCCAGUCUGUCGGCCAAGACAUGAUCCACUUACACAGGAUCAGCGUUGGAGGUGGGGGCGUUGGAGGUGGGGGCGUUGGAGGUGGAAUGAGCGUUGGAGGUGGGGGUGGUGGCGGUUUUUACCGAGAAGACAUACGCAUGGGCGGCUACCAAGGAGGCUACCAAGGAGGUUACCAAGGAGGCUACCAAGGAGGCUACCAAGGAGGCUACCAAGGAGGCGCCAUGCAGCAGAGGCCUGUGGCCCUCUCCAUGCACGCCGUGCAGCAUCACACAGCACAGGCCAAUCCCUGGCAGGCGGAUAACAUCGAUGCCGAGAGUAUAAUAUCCGACCGGGACGCCACUUACGGUGGCCAGUGUUCUCAGAGCGCAGUAAACGGCUUCACCACCCAGAUCAGGCAAGGAGGAAGCAUGGCCGCUGCGCCCACCAUGCUCCGAUCUCUCAGUAGCACUCUGUCCCGCGGCGGAGGGAUGGCAGGAGGAGAGACGGGCUUCACCCAGCAACAUUCCUUCAAAGGCCCAGCCCAGCGCACUCUCAACAGGAUGACACUCCGGAAUCGGCAGAGCAUGGGCUCUGUGUCCGGGCAGCAGAUUAUCCAAGGAGGGAGCAUCUAUGGUGGAGGGGGAGACAGAGUCGACGGCGGCUUCAUGAGCUCCGGAGUGUCCUCUGUUUCCCAGGCGAACCUCAUACAGCGUAAGGGCACCAUGUCCCGCGCCGUGUCAAUGAGAAGCGUUAAGAGUGUGGGCAAAGGCGUGGACAUCUUCGACGAGCAGAUGCUGAUGGGAGGCAUGGACAACUUCAGCGGGAUCAACUCCUUGGACAUGGCCACCGCGAUUCAAAACCUGAGCGAACCCGACCCUGAGCUGCAGGUGCUGGGUGCUGCCUACAUUCAACAUGAGUGUUACAACAACAAGGAAGCCAAGGAAGAGGUGAAUCGCCUGAAGGGCAUUGGUGAGCUGGUGAAGCUGUUCAACUCCGAUACCCAGGAGGUGCAGCGUUAUGCCACUGGUGCUACACGCAACCUCAUCUAUGAGAACAUGGACAACAAGGCGGCCCUGAUCGAUGCGGGCGGCAUCUUACAGCUGGUCGAGGCACUCAAAGACUCUGAUGAGGAGCUCAACAAAAACAUCACUGGAAUCCUGUGGAACCUUUCAUCCAAAGAGAACCUGAAGGAAAAACUGGCCAGGGAGACACUUCCCGAGCUGACCGAUAAGAUCCUUAUCCCUCUGUCAGGCAGCUCGGAGGGCGUCCAGCAGUCUGACUCUGAGGCGGACAUCUUCUACAACACCACAGGAUGCCUCAGGAACAUGAGCUCUGUGAGCGAAAAGACCCGUCAACAGAUGAGAGAAACACACGGACUGGUGGACUCUUUGGUAGGCUACAUCAAUGGCUCCCUUCAGGAAAACAAGUCCGAAAACAAGGGGGUGGAAAACGCAGUGUGUGUCUUGAGGAACCUCUCCUACCAGAUCUACAGUGAGAUGCCCCCGUCUGCUAUGAUGCGACUGGAAGGACCAACCAGAGCUCAGGGCACGGGGAAGGGCGAAGCCAUCGGUUGUUUUACCCCUCAGAGCCGGAAAUCCCAAAACAGCAAGAACCAGGAUCUCUCCACUUUCACCGAGGUGGCUCGGGUGCCGAAGGGCGUGGAGUGGCUGUGGCACCCGCAGGUGGUGGGUUUGUACAAACGUGUGCUGGACCAGUGCGAGAUCAACUCCACCACCCGCGAGGCCGCCGCCGGAGCGCUGCAGAACAUCACGGCCGGAGACAAGAGGUGGGCCUCCGUGCUGAGCCGGGUGGCUCUGGAGCAGGAGCGCAUUCUGCCGGUGCUGCUGGUCCACCUGCGCACCAGCAACGACCUGGAGCUGCGUUCUCUCACGGGCCUCCUCCGAAAUCUGUCCCGCCAUGCCAAGGACAAGAAUGACAUGGCUACAAAGGUGGUCAACAACCUGGUGUCCAGGCUGCCUGACGAUGGACACCUGAAGGAGCCCUCCACCGACGUGACCAUCAACAUCUGUGGUGUUCUCAACAACUUGGUGACCAGCAGUUCUGUAGCUGCCCGAGACAUCACUUUCUUCGACGGCCUGCCAAAACUCAUCGCCAUCAAGAACUCACAUGACAGCAGCUCUGGGAAGAUGAAAGCAGCCAAAGCAGCAGCCACCGUUCUCAGCAACAUGUUCCAGUACAAGAAACUGCACAAAGACUACAAAUUGAAAGGGUUUUCAAGACCGGAUUUUGCGGAUAUGUCCAUCUAAAACAAAAGUAACGCCAUUCGAGUUCACUUCUUCAGCGGAGCACCACCCGGCGGUGGACUAAAUAGACACACUAAAUAGAAUAGUUAAAAGAUAGCGUAGGCUCAGUUCUUACCUGCCGUACUUUAUGAUGACAACGUGGACACACAAGUGAUGCAGCUUCUACUCGACGGAAGUGGACUUUUAAAAAACUCACCGUUCAAGGAAUGUGGAUCCCGUUCGCUGGAUUAUUGAUGGACUUUGAUACAAAUGUGCUCAUCUUUUGCCAUUUAUUCUCUUUGUUUGAACACUGUAUGUUUUAGUUUGAAAUCAGGGAUUUUUGGUCUGUCAGAGCAACAUUAAUUCAGAUAUUUGUUAACUGUUACUGAUAACUGAUAACUGUUGAUGGACGAUAUGGGGGCACUUGUGCCUUGUCUUCUCACUUUUGCACCUCAACCACAGCAGAGAUGCCAACAAGUGUACUUUUGUAAAUAUUGCUCUUCACACAGAAAUCUAAUGUUUUAUAUAUUGCAACUGAGUACUUUGUAUUUCUGGAUUAGUUAAAACUACAACAUAGUUCUGAUUGAAUGUAAACCAGUUAUAGAAAUGUGGAUCUUUGAUUCAGAAAUGUUUUGGUAUUGAUUUUGGCUGAAAAGUCGACUUUUGUACCAAUUAUGUGUUUUUUUUACACUUGACGUUUGUAACCGCUGUGUCAAACAAAACUCAGAGUACUGUGAGUUGAAGCUAAUUAGCAUAAUUCUUGGAGCAGGACCACGCCUCCAGCACGCCUCUUCUGGUAUUCCCAUAAAUACAGCUCAACCCACCCUUCUCGUUCUCAAGGGCGCGUUCUAAAGUACCACCCUCCCAACACUUUUCUUUUCCUUUUCCACCCUUUUUGAGGUUCUCCGUCAUAAAUCCCCAGCACCCAUCCGACCGACUAGACGAAAUCAAUCAAAAACACAUUCACUCACCUUAAACGCUUUCAGUGGAUGUCCUUGCUAGUGAGUGUUCCAGGGGUGAAAAGGAUAGAAACCCAGACUAUACCAAAAAAUACACCAUUUGUUUUGUAUUUGCUGUAUUAUGCUAAAUCUACCACGUCACAUCCAGACCCCAUUGAAACUCGUUUUAAUAUUUUAAUUUUGUGUCAAGUAUUCACUGGAAACUUAUUUUGGUCCAUAAAAUGAUGACCAUAUAUUUCUAUUUGGCUUCUCACUGUUUUAUAUCUUCUUUCAUGUUGUGUACAGACAGGCGGAUGUAUCGUCUGGAUAUUCAGCUAAUAAAUUUACAGAUUUGGAAGUGAAA